CUAUUAUCUUUGAAUCGUCGAUUUUGCUUGUAUACUAAGACAACAUAUGUCACACAACUAACUCUUAUCCGUUCACUGGCUCUCAUUGUUGUGUUUGUUUUAGUCAUGAAUACCGCCUGGUCUCAUGAAUGUUUAGAAAGAUGGCCUUCUUUUAUUCUCCUUGAAGUAGCUCCACUUCACACUCACAUAGGUGAUUUCUAAACGUGCAUUCCUAAAAUCCACUAUUUGAUCACACCACGUGUCAAACUUAGAAACCAUUAAAAACCUUUCAUAUUUAGGUUUGCCCUUAUUUUGGAUAUUGUCUCAUCAUGAUAAUGGACUUUGAAUAAUUUGAAAAUGUUGGACCAUCAUUCACAAGUUUGUUUGCUCCUUGAACCUAGAGGUUGGGUCAGCCAAUCCUACUUAGGUAGAGUUACCGCCAUGAUGAUUUGUCCUAGGUCACGUGUCCAUUCCUUUCUAUACUUUAAUUAAUUUCUAGGUGGCUCCAUAUUUUUUAUCAUUUGAUCUAAAUGAUCAACUCCAAUAACUUCACUAGAAAUUAACCAAUAAAUAGUGUUAUGUUUCCAUUACCUAUGACGAGAUUUUCACAUAACACUUCUACCUCUUGCAAAAACAACUUUGUGCACAAGUGUUUUUAUUAACGCCAGUCUUUACAGGCCACGCUAGUAAACUUCACCGGUCUUAGAGUUGUUCUAUAUACAGUUCAACGUGGAUGAUUUCCAAGGUACUACUCCCCAUCAAUCAUAAAUGCAUAUAUGAUAGAAACAAGGUUCUAUGAGGUUUGAUAUUUGGGGAUUAGGGUUUAUACUAACAAAAUUAGGGAUUGAGGUUGGAAUUAGGAGAAGAAGAACAGAAUAAAGAUCGGGCGAAGCCUUGGACUAGGAAAUAAUAGAAAUUAGGAGAUAGGGAGAACUUAGGGUUUGGAAAUAUAAUUCUUUUACUAAUUUUGGCUUAAUCGAACCAAAGACCCAAAAUACAUAUUUAUAGCUAAAGACUGUAAAAACCUAAUAGACUAUCCUAAUAUGACUCAAAUACUACUAACCAUAUCUAAAUAAAUCCUAAUAAUUGUAAUUAUGAUAAAUCCCGAAAAUUGGAUUUUUAUCAUCCCCUCCCCCUUGAGACCAACCUUGCCCUCAAGGUUGACCGACUCGUCCCACUUCUCCACAUUGGCAGUGCAACCUGCGCCUUGGCUCCUCCAUGUCUUGCUCUUUAUUUUCCUCCAAUCAUGUGCCAACUCUGCACUUGGGCCUCUUGUACCAAUCUCCUCUUGUUGGCCCCACUCUUUGAAACUCCUUUCCAUGCGCCGACUAUUCGCUUAUGUGGCAAGGUCAAACACCGAUAGCCCUUCUUUUGUUGGCAUCCCGCUCUAUGAAUCAAAAUGUACUUGCUGGUGUAAGAACCCAUCAUUAAGUACCAACUUAUCAAGGCUUUUAAAAAUAUUUCUUGGAGCUAGCCCAUAAAUUUCUCCAAUUGCAUUUGGCCCAUGCUCCCUUGAAAGCCCACUUUCUAUUCCUUCUAGCCCACUUCUUUUUUCCCAAUCCAUUUCUGAAGGCUCAGCCCACGAACAAGCUCGGCCCACUUUGCUCUCAGACUUGGUCCGCUCCGCAGGUCUGUCUUCGACCCAUAUUCAAGUGCUUGCUCGGCCUGCUUUACCUCCUCUGUUGCUGCUGCUAGCCCAAACGGCGGCCCAUGCAACAUCCCAUCAAACUCUGCGGCACUCACAUCCUCACAGCCCACCAGAAGUGAUUGCAGGGUAGCUCGCCCUAGGGUUGGCGACCCAUGGUUUGCGAAACAGAAGCCGCGUCGCCCUCCUCCUUUUUCUUCGCCGGCAAAUCCACCUCCAACAGCGCCACGGGGGCCACCGUCGAACGAUCGUCCGGCACCAAUGCCACCUGGACGACUCGCGCCACAGAAGAGGAAUCCCAGCGACCCGAUGCACCAUCCUUCUUCUUCUCCUUCUUCGUUACAUUCUCCGACAGCGAGCCCUCGACCAGAAGGAUGGACGACAAGCUCCACCCGUGGUACCCCAUCACCGGUUUCUUUUCUUCGUCUUCCUCCGUGUUGUUUCCUUCAAAGGUCGCGGUGCAUAGCUCCUCCAGCAAUGUAAGACUUUCUCGACCUCCUGCGACUAUCGAGGCGGUUAGCAAGGGUGAUGCCCGUUUGUGUUGUCUUUUGCCUCGUUCUUCGCUGCAUCAACCGCCGCAGCUUCCUCCUCCUCGGUCGUCGGCUCCUGCAUGUCGUCCUCCGGCGACGCAGAUUCACUUGGUCGCUCCACCUCCGCCUCAUCGAGAUCUCAUGUUGUAUCCUCCUGCGGCGGCGGCUCGCUCGCUGCCUUCUCUUCACAAAUCUUCUUCCCCCGAUGCGAUGGUCAAUGACAGCAGAAUGGCAGCGGGUUCAGCGAGCUGCGUGCUUCUCGCUGCUGCUGCCGAUGAAGAUUUGCUCUUGCGAAUUUCAAUGGUGAGCAGGUCGUACCUCAACCAAACGUCAAAUUCAUGGGUAUCAAAAUCCGACAUGAUCUUGAUCUUCGUCUCAAAAAGCAUCCACCAAUUCUCGUUCUCCAAUGGGAGUUUUCCACAGAUUGUUAUGAUGCCCGAGGAAUACACUACAUGUGCUCUCCUAAACCCCGACAAGAGGACGAACACUUGAAUGAAUGUUGAGGUUACCAAUUUAGUAACCCUAGGCACAAAUUCUCCAUAUACGUAUCCAUCCCUGAUUGAGAGUUGUGACGAACACGCUCACGAAACCAGGCUCUGAUACCAAAUGAUAGAAACAAGGUUCUAUCGGGUUUGAUAUUUGGGGAUUAAGGUUUGUACGAAUAGAAUUAGGGAUUGAGGUUACAAAAUGAUUUAUCACAGGAUAGAAAUGACGUACCUUCCAGGCGUAGCGAUACCUCAAACCUCAGAAACCAUCGAAGGCAACAAAGCGGCGAGAACCACACUUGACUCGAUUUUCUCUUUUGAAAACAAUGCAGAAAAAAUAAAUUUUGAUUUAGUUUUUGUUAGGGGAAAACAUAUAAAAAUAAGAGGGGAUAUGUGUUAUUUAUAGAGAAUGAAGGGGUGCGUAUGAAGGGAGACAACUCUUCGUAUGGGUGGUUACAACCCAACCAUUACAAUGGUUCGUAUGAAGUUUCUCAACCAUUACAUCAGUUCAGCCUAUGGUAGUUGGACCAGUUUGGUCAUUCCAACCGCCAAUAACAUUUUCAUGUAUACCAUUAAGGCCAAUCCAUUUCCAUUUUAUAUAUAGAUAAUAUACUUUUAACCGUCUCCUGCACUUUCUCAUUCAUAAGCCUUGUAGGCCAUUUCCAUAUUCCAACCAUACACUUUCGUACUAGGCAAAGUAUCUUGUCUAUCAUACACUUAUGAUAUCCAAUUUUAUAUCACAUAGUCAUAGCUCAUAUAUCAUACUGAAAACCAUUAUACAAUACACUAUACAACACCAUGUCACAUACUAACAAGAUCCUUCAAAUAAUUACGCACUCAUCCAUGUCAUCAUCCAUUCUCAUACCACAACAAUAUGAUAUCACACGGAUUAAUUAGUACUAACUUACCUUGUACUCGAGUCACUUCAUGACUCAAAUACCAUAUUCGUAUUAAUAUAAGCAUUAGGAUAAGAUUUACUCACCUCGAAUUUUUAUUUUCCCUUGGCGACUCUCCAUGCUCCCUUCCUUGUGAAUUGGUGUCCUCUUGCUAAUCCUACCAUCCAAGUCUCAUAUUUCAAGUAUGGAAGUUUAACACUUGUUAUGGCAGAUCAUGAUCUUAGGAGGCGAAACAGAGCUGCUAACUUCUUUGGGUUUUGUUUCUAGGAAGAAAUAUCCAACUUCAUUCUGGAUCCUCUUUCUAACUAAGAUAGCCACCAAACCAAAGCAAGAACUAAGGGUGGCGGUUUUUGUUCUCAAAAUGGUUACCUUCUGUAAACAUUAUCAACCCCCCCCCCCCCCUCCUCAGAAACUAAAAGGAAUGGUGGUGAUAGCUAGCCUUCUUCCUUAUUCUAAUCCAUACACUUGUUCCCUUUCCCCCAACUAAUUAAUUCACCACUACAUGCAAGCUACCCACGUGGAGGGUUUAGAGGAAGUUUGGCAAUAGGACUGUUAGAAGGAGUGAGGUGGAGGCAGGGGAAAUUGAUACCUUCCUUAUUUCAAUCCAUCUCAGCAAUAAAUGGGAGAAUAAGAC